AUGCGGAAGAGCUGUAGACAUAAAUGUGAGCUUACGGCGUGGUUUUGAAAUAUAACUGUUCCUCCAUUCAGGAUUUGAAAAGCUAUCAAAAAUGUCUACAGCCAAGCACAGGAUGCGCGAUAAGAAGAUGAGGAACCAGCCGAUCAACGUCACCUAUUCCUCCCAGGGCAGCUCACACUGGAGGAACGGAGGGGGCACUCCUACAGGUCGAGGCCAUGAUCUGUCUCCACAUCCAUGGGGCCAUGGGUCCUCCCACUCUGGCCAUGCCCAGGGAGGGGGCUGGGUCCGGGGCCACCAGAGAGAAGGACACGGGGGAUACCCGCAGGCUCUGCCCACACACAUCACUGCCUCAGCGUUUGCCAAGGCCCGGGCUGCAGAGGUGAACGCCAUGUUGAUGGCCGUCACCAAGACAACAGGCAGCUCCCAUGUGUUUGGAGGUCUUCCUAAACACAUGAGGAGGAGGGCUAUGAGUCAUAACACCAAGAGACUGCCCUGCAGACUGAGAGACAUGGCUAACAACAUGGUUUCCUCUCUGGUCCAGUUGGAGAAGAGUCAGAAGGCUGGUCACACCUAGAGCCGGACUGGUCACACCUAGAGCCGGACUGGUCACACCUAGAGCCGGACUGGUCACACCUAGAGCCGGACUGGUCACACCUAGAGCCGGACUGGUCACACCUAGAGCCGGACUGGUCACACCUAGAGCCGGACUGGUCACACCUAGAGCCGGACUGGUCACACCUAGAGCCGGACUGGUCACACCUAGAGCCGGACUGGUCACACCUAGAGCCGGACUGGUCACACCUAGAGCCGGACUGGUCACACCUAGAGCCGGACUGGUCACACCUAGAGCCGGACUGGUCACACCUAGAGCCGGACUGGUCACACCUAGAGCCGGACUGGUCACACCUAGAGCCGGACUGGUCACACCUAGAGCCGGACUGGUCACACCUAGAGCCGGACUGGUCACACCUAGAGCCGGACUGGUCACACUAGAGCCCCCCGGGACUGGUCACACCUAGAGCCGGACUGGUCACACCUUAGAGCCGGACUGGUCACACCUAGAGCCGGACUGGUCACACCUAGAGCCGGGACUGGUCACACCUAGAGCCGGACUGGUCACACCUAGAGCCGGACUGGUCACACCUAGGACUAGCCACACCUAGAGCCGGACUGGCCACAACCUAGAGCCGGACUAGCCCACCUAGAGCCGGACUAGUCACACCUAGAGCCGGACUAGCCACACCUAGGGACUAGCCACACCUAGAGCCGGACUAGCCACACCUAGAGCCGGACUAGCCACACCUAGAGCCGGACUAGCCACACCUAGAGCCGGACUAGCCACACCUAGAAGCCGGACUAGCCACACCUAGAGCCGGACUAGCCACACCUAGAGGCCGGACUAGCCACACCUAGAGCCGGACUAGCCACACCUAGGCCACACCUAGGACUGGCCACACCUAGGACUAGCCACACCUAGGACUAGCCACACCUAGGACUAGCCACACCUAGGACUAGCCACACCUAGAGCCGGACUAGCCACACCUAGAGCCGGACUGGCCACACCUAGAGCCAGACUAAUAUAAACAUCCUGUAUGUUUCCUCUCUGGUCCAGUUGGAGAAGAGUCAGAAGGCUGGUCACACCUAGAGCCAGACUAAUAUAAACAUCCUGUAUGUUUCCUCUCUGGUCCAGUUGGAGAAGAGUCAGAAGGCUGGUCAGAAGAUGAAGAAGGAACAGUCCAAGUCCAAGAGCCGUAAAGCCCGGCGUCGCCACGGCAACAUGCUUCUGGAGUUCAACCGUCGCCAGCGGAAGAACCUGUGGCUGGAGACGCACAUCUGGCACGCCAAGCGCUUCCACGUGGUCAAGAGAUGGGGCUACUGUCUGGGAGACAGGCCAACCUACAAGUGUUACAGAGCCUGCUACAGAGCCAUGAGCUCCCACUGUCUACUACAGGACAUGUCGUACUACUGCUGUGUGGAGUUACAGGGGCCAGGGGAACAGCUGUUAGCUGCUCUGUCUAAGCUGACCAGCAAGGAAACUGGGCCUACGUUUGCAGCAGCCAUGUGUGUGUCAGGCAGGAGACAGGGCAGUGUGGUGGUGUACAGAGCAGGACAGUACCCUCUCCAGCCCCUGGGGCCUGUCACAUUCCUCUGGAGACCCACAACACAGGGCCGGGGGGGCCAGGAGGACCAGGGCUCCCAGGGAUCAACACACAGACAGCUGUGGAUCUGGGCUCACCCCACCAUGAAAACGGACCUCCUCCCAGAGCUGCAGGCUGUCUGUCAGUGUUCUGAGGCUGUCCUUCCACCUGCUCCAGUGGACCUCCCUGUUCCACAGCCAGCCCCUACCCCCACCUUGGCCCCCGGUCCUGGGGCUGGUCCUGAGGCAGCGCAGACCUCUGGUUCUGGUUCUAAGAGGAAGUGGUCCUCCAGGGAGCCUGAGGCUGCUGGGCCACCAGCCAAGAAGCUCCUGGGAUACAGUACCAUUUCUGCUACCACACCCGUAACCUGGAGGUCCAGUACCACUGGUAUAGUCAUCAGUGACCUCACCAUGGAGAUGGUGCGGUAUCGUCUGAUUGGACCUCUAUCACAUUCCGUUCUGACUGAAACCCUGGCCCCUGCCACACACACUGAUGCUACAGGUAAAUCCAGACCAUCUCCCUUCUGGUGGCCAGAUCACUGCAGAGACGACUGUAACAUGUCUCUUCAUCAACAACAAGCUGGUGUCUUCAACAUGCUCAGAGGUGUGUACUCCACAGCGGAGGUCCCAGCCGGCUCAGUUCUGGGUCUGACGGUGGAUGACCCCAGAUUGACCUUACCAAACAAGAGAAGCAAGGCCGUGUCCGACAUCAGGAAGGCACAAGGAGUGAACGAGGAGAGGAGGAGGGAACUGAUGUUGAAGGGGAUCCCUGAACCCCUCAGCCAGAGUUCCCUGUGGGACCGGUCUGUCCGCGACAACGUCACACACAACAAGAUGACAGACCAGGAAGUAAACAGACUGCGUAAUGAUGUUCUGGUCCCAGGCUCCAGACUCCCCACCCCCCUGCAGGGUAGAGUACCCGUCCUACUGGUGCAGCAGUCUGGGAAGAGCCAGGGCACAGAGAUGGGGUCCUGGGGGGCGGGAUGGGACCUGCUGCUACCCAAGGCCUGGGGCAUGGCCUUCUGGGUUCCUCUGGUUUAUAGAGGAGUACGUAUCGGAGGGCUGAGGAUGAGCCUGAAACACACCCAGAAUAAAGGAGAGCCUCACUUUCCCCACGACUACCCAGACUGCCCUGCAGGAGCACGCUUCCAGGAAGAGCAGGAGGCUGAGCUGCUGGCCAAGUUCAGGAGGCGCCCACCAGCCAAACGGACCAAUUACAUCAAACAUGGCUGCCUGGCUCCGUUCCGUUGUCCCUGGCAACAGCUGGUCGAGGAGUGGGAGCUGAUCGUGAAGGAGGAAGAAGGAGGAGGAGGAGAGGACGCAGUCGUACCAAUGGAACAGGAAGUGACACCACCACAGAGUAACUUCACAGUCUUGAGGAAUAGGAAGUCUCUAAGGCAGCUGUCCGCUUGGUGUCGCCCCACAUCCUCUAAAUGUCAGAGGGCACGUAACCCGGGAUCAACACCACAACUCAACCGUAACGUUGCAGCGUCUCUCCUCUCGUCACACGGUGGCAGCAGCCUGGUGUGGAUCCGUCUCUCCCUCGUCACCAAGGGCCAACCGGAGCAGCACGCCCUGGUGUGUGUCCCCACCGCAGAGGACCUCCAGCUGGUACGUAAGGAGCCGGGCUGCACAGGGCCCCAGGAGCCUCUACACACUGACCACUUCAAGAGCCGCGUCAAACGGCCACGCAAGAAGGACCACAACAAACCUGGAACCUCCUCCUCUUCCUCCGCCAAGCAGUCUGACCCUGCCUCAGUCCCUGGUGUCAACCCUGGUCCUGAUCCUAGCUCCUCAUCCAGCCUCACCAACCCCUCUUCCUCCUGUACCUCAGCCCCUAGUGUCAACCCUGAUCCUAGCUCCUCAUCCAGCCUCACCAACCCCUCUUCCUCCUGUACCUCAGCCCCUAGUGUCAACCCUGAUCCUAGCUCCUCAUCCAGCCUCACCAACCCCUCUUCCUCCUGUACCUCAGCCCCUAGUGUCAACCCUGAUCCUAGCUCCUCAUCCAGCCUCACCAACCCCUCUUCCUCCUGUACCUCAGCCCCUAGUGUCAACCCUGAUCCUAGCUCCUCCUCCAGCCUCACCAACCCCUCUUCCUCCUGUACCUCAGCCCUGACUCUGGGUCUCUGGCCGGAGCCCCUUCCCAGCGUCACCUCCCACUGCUCCAGGGUGACUCUGGGCUGGGUGACCCAGGGGGACUUCUCCCUGUCGGCUGGCUGUGGAGAGGCUCUGGGGCUCCUCAGCCUUACUGGUCUCCUACACACCCUGCUCAGACAGCCUGAUGGCCAGAGAGGACUGGUGCUGCUACGGAACCCCGGAUCACUGCAAUACCGUUUCGCUAAGAUCAACAUAGAGGUCUGAGGAGUACUGUAGGUUCAAUCCCACAUCGCUAAGAUCAACAGAGGUCUGAGAAGUACUGUAGGUUCAAUCCCACAUCGCUAAGAUCAACAGAGGUUUGAGGAGUACUGCAGGUUCAAUCCCACAUCACAACAGUGCCGCUUCUGUUAGGGGUACUAGAUAUUAAAUAAAACACUGUGCCUAGUGCGAGUCCCUUCACCCCGACCCCUGUUAGGGGUACUAGAUAUUAAAUGCCUGGCAUGUACACACAACAUUACACAUUGUUUGAGUGGAAUAACUUUUUCUUGAUAAUAAUUCCCUGUAAGGUUUUCUGGGAGUUUUUCAUUUGAGUUGAAAUUAUUAUUAUUAUUUUUUUUAAAGAAAUGUUCAAUAUUGUUUUCACCGAAGGGAUUGUCACUGGGUGUGACUGGUGUCUUCUCUACAGAACCAGUACAUUCUUUGGUUUGCCUGAUUCCCAUUUUUGUGAAAACAAAUCUUUGUUUGGAUUUGAGAGCUGUAGUUGAAAUGGUUGACAAUAAAAAUCCCUCUACUCCAAUCGGAGUUACCUAAA